CACUGUUCAUCAUCGGCUUAGUAACAGUACCAGCUCCAGCCGAGCCGAUUAUUAAAAUUACAAUUUUAUCCUUAUUUUGUAAUAAUUUACAGCCUUGCCAUCCGCCCUAGAUAUAAAAUCCUUCCUCGGUUUGCGCCCAAUUUUUUUAUCUUUCCUUUCUCUCGCUCGGUCACUCUCCUUAGUGUCCUUGCUCUGAACUGUAUGGAGGUUUCCAAUUUCAAUCAAUUUUUGAAGAAAGCUCAGAAGCUACAAGCUACAACUUGGACAACAGUGAACGGUCGGUAAGACUUUAAGUUUCUAGAAUCAAGUAUGAUUGAGAUUUCAGUUUCAAUUUUAAUUCAGUAUUGAAAUAAUUGAGUUCUUGAUUUUGGUUUGUGAAUGCCAUUGGUGUUGAUAAUGUUAGGACUCAGUACACUCCUUAUGAACGUUUAGAUGAUUCUAUGUUUCAGCAAUUGAAUAUCAGUGUAAACUGAACAUUCUGUGAUUCCUAUCUGUGAGAUUGAAUUAGGUUUAUCUAUCUGAGGAUCGGAGGGUGCAUUAAAUCGAGGCUGGCUCUGGGAAUUCCGGCAUGGAAAUUGCUUUGGAUCUGGCAAACGAUGGUGCAAAGACUUCAAUCACUGUUCAAAGCCCGGUAAGGCCAAAAGAGGGCCCUUUCUUUAUGAAGAUCAAUUCCAGCAAGUAUCCGACCAUUGAUGUCGGCACCUGUAGUAAGAUCAAGUCCGGCGAGAUUCAGGUUUUACCCGCAGAAAUAGGCAGCAUAAGAGGAAGCGAUGUGGAACUCAAAAAGGGGAAGUCGUACCAGUUUGAGUCCAUAGUUUUCUGCACCGGAUUCAAGACAUCAACAAGUUUGUGGCUCAAGGCAGAUGAUUAUCUUUUGAAAGAAGAUGGGAUUCCAAGACCAAGUUCUCCAAACCAUUCAAAGGGACAGAAGGGUUUGUAUUGUGUGGGACUAUCAAGAAGCAAUUUCCCUUUUUUAUAUGUUCUGUGGUCAUUUUGUGAAGAUGCCUACUUUCUUCGUCACUUGAACCAUUUAUUUGUGAAGUUUGGAGCCAAAAUUUGUUUAAUCACCUCUCUUCGGGAUACUUGCUACAUUGAGAUCCUUCCUGAAGACAGGAAUCCUACACAAGAGCUUUGGCUGAGCUUUUGGAGCGAAGUGCAUUACAACUCACUAUAUGCUACUGCAGAUGUUUCCACAAGAAGUCCCAGAAAGAACCAUCGGCUUUUCUAGACUGCAAUUAGCAAGCAGACAGACCAUGAUGUAAUCUUAGUCUGCUUGCCGGUAUCCAUUCUACUGUCUUUGGCAGAAUUAGAAAAUGGGACAGUGCCUUGGUUGUUUCUACGAGGACCAUUCUAUUGAUGAUGUGCUUAAACCAGAUUGUCAUUAUUUGCCUUGGUGUUUGGGUAGCGCAGCAGCUGGUCAUUUAUUUCUACGAGUGCAGCAAUUGGAUAUUCGCUGUGAAACAAAGACCAAGAUUUAUUUUUAAUUUUCUUUAUAAACAAAAGAUUUGACAUUAACUUUCUAUACACAGAGCAAGCACUGCACACGCGCUCUAGCCGGAUCUCUUAGUUCUCUCACUAAUGUAAAGACUCUGUGUUGUUUCUCUUAAUUGUCUAUGUAUAUAUUUGUUCUCUGUUGGUUUAAUUAUUUAAGGUGCUUAUGGUUGUUACUUA